CAGUUGAGCUGGCCUGUCUGCCUGAUCUGUGUCUGAGUCCUGAUCCUGAUCCGUCUCUGAGUCCUCUGCGCGCUCCAGGACUCUGUGCACACCAGCCUGCCCUCACUGACGGUCCAUGGGAGACCCUUAACCGUGCACAGCGUCUCAGACCUGCUCAGCUGUAUGUGGCUGCUCUUCACCUUCUGUCUUUUUAUGAGGAAUGAACUGAGGUGCUUCUUCUACUGCCUUCUCAACGUACUGCUGAUUCUUCUAUGGACACAGAUUGAGGUGCGGCGUCCAGUGCAGAUACAGUAAAGUGGACCCAGGAAGAUGCCAGCCCCUCCUCCCCCACCACCCCCAGGGCCUCCCCCUCCUCCCACCUUUGCUGCUGCCAACACAGAGAAGCCUUCUCUGAACCGUUCAGAGCAGCAGGGAAGGAACGCUCUGCUGUCCGACAUCUGUAAAGGCACCAGAUUAAAGAAGGCUGUCACCAAUGACCGCAGUGGACCUCAACUGGACAAACCCAAAGGAGGAGGAGGAGGAGGAGGAGGAGGAGGAGGUGGAGGCGGUGGUGGUGGAGGAGGAGGAGGAGGAGGAGGAGGAGGUUUUGGAGGUGGGGCUCCUGCUGGUUUAGGAGGCCUGUUUGCAGGAGGGAUGCCAAAACUGAGGUCUGCAGCAAGCAGUGGUAAAAAUGACUCAGGACCCAGCCGAGGGCCCGUGCUCCCUCCAGGAGGCCGCUCUUGUGGGCCCAGCCCCUUUGGUGGCGGUGGAGGCUCCGCUGGCCCGCCCAAACUCCCAGGCGCCCUUGCUGGUGGCCGUGGCAACGUCCCUGACCUCCCAAAGGGCCGGCCAAAUCUCUCCUCCAGACAAGACACUCCGGGAGGCCCCCCUCCUCCUGUGCCCAACACUCCUCGACCAAACCAGAGCUUCCAGCCUCGUGGGGGUCCGUCUCCGCCGUCACUCCCUGCAGCACCCAGGCCCAGCCCGGCCUCCGGACCUUCACCUCCCAGUCUUCCACUGGGGAGACACGGACCUCUCCCUCCACCACCAGGAGGCUCCUCACCUGGACCAAGACCAGGAUUCUCUGCACCUCCUCCCCCACCCCCGAACAGCAGCCGACCUUCCUUACCCCCUGCUCCUGGAGGGAGGCCCCCACUUCCUGACGACCGGCCCCCACCACCACCACUAGGAGGUCAUCGCCCAUCUAUGCCCCGUGAUGUUCCCCCGCCUCCUCCCUCUGUCAACUCCAAGCCUUCCUCCUCCGUCUCCUCCUCCCCUGCCUCUCGUCCCUCAGUUGGUGGGGGUGCGCCUCCUCUCCCGCCGGGCCGACCGGGUCCCCCUCCUCUCCCACCCACCCCGGCCGGAGGGGACGACCACAGCACCCCUCGUCUGCCCCAGAGGAACCUGUCGCUCAACAGCCAUGGUCCAGCUCCACCACACGGUCGGACAGGACCUCUCCCUCCUCCGCCAAAUGAGAGACCGCCAUCUCUUGGAAGGAACCAGUCGUCACAACGAACAGGGCCUCUUCCUCCUCCUCCUCCCUCAGGUCGUAGCAUAGGUGGGGGCAGUGUGAGGUCAUCGCCAGCACCUUCUCCUAUUGGUCGGCCAGGCCCUGAGCCUCCUCGCGGGGGACCUGGUGGGAGACCUCCCCUCCCUCCAGACAGGCCGGGGACAGGAGGGGCCCCUCCUCCUCCUCCUCAACCACCCAUGGGUAACGGCUUCCAGAACUCUCACCACAACCAGAUACAGGAUGAGUGGGAGUGUCGCUUCACUUUCCAUCCGGUGUCAGACUUUCCUCCACCUGAGCCCUACGUGCCCUUCCCCAAGACCUACCCCAGCAAGAUCGCCAAGACUGACGGCAGAGGCUCUGGCAAAAAGGAGAGAGGUGCUCCUCCUCUUCCUCCCAUACCCAGGUGAAGAAGAGGUGACAGCAAACGCAACCCCUGGAACUACUUUUCCUUCCUGUCUCUCUCUUUCCUCUCUUCUCUGCGCUCAUUGUGCUUUUACCUGCGGCAUGUGGUUUCAUCUGUGGACUGCAACGUGUACAACGGACCUGAAGUCUGGUCGACCAAGUAAAAGUCCAGACUCCCAGUGUGGAGUUUACGUCAUGUGCCUCUGUAGCAGCAGAGUGGCAGCGUUCAAAGACCAAAGCCUGUUUAAACUCCGGUACACUGUGUUCGGAUAAAAAGAAGAAAAAAAACUUGUACCUCUUUAGGCACUCGGAAAAAUGUGUUUAAUAACCGAUGCUGUGGCUGGAAAAUAGUUUCUGGAUGGGCUUUGUUGACCUGGUUGCUGUGAGACAGUAUUUUAAAAAACUUGAUCCACUUUAUUCCAUUAACUAACCUUUUCAUUCUUUGCUUACGGCGGGUAAAAGAUUCCAUAGAUUGCUUGCUAGAUUUAUAUUUUACCAACCAGCUACACUUUUAUAAAACAAUACAAACUUGACAAAUUAACCAGCAUUUGGCACGUGUUCCUCUCCCAGCCUGCUCCCAGCUUUAGAUGAAGCUCAGUCAACAUCAUCGUCAUCAUCGGGUCACAGUUCAGGGCUUCUAACGCAACCAAUCAGCUUCCUCAAACGUGUCGACUAGUGUCUUUAGUGUUUCCCUUGUGCCUUCUUCUAUUCAGGAUUGUUUCCUCAGGCUGCUUAAAGAGUUAAGGGAAUUCGCCUUUUGUGCCUUAAAAUAAGUGUGUGUGUGUUUGUUCACCUGGAUCUGAUCACCUCUGCUGAUGUCUGUGUGUAAACAAAAGCAAUACAGCAGCUCGACUGCCACAACGAGGGCUGCAGCGGUAUGAGUUCUUUAACAGUAUGAUAACCGUCUCAGAAAAUAUCAUGGCUUCACAGUAUGACAGUAAAUGGUGUUACACAGUUUUUAUGAUCAGUUACAGUGAUCCUAAGGGCUCCAGUGUGGAGGAUUCAGGGGGAUAUGUUUGCAGAAAUGGAAUAUAAUAUAAUGAGUGUGUUUUCUUUAGUGUAUAAUCACCUGAAAAUAAGAAUCAUUGUGUUUUCGUUCCCUCAGAAUGAGUCGUUUAUAUCUACACAGGGAGCAGGUCCUUGUCUACACAGAUCACCAUGUUGCACCGCCAUGUUUCUACAGUAGCCCAGAACAGACAAACCAAACACUGGCUCUAGAAAGGGACCUCAUGUUGUUGCAUUUAAACAUCGCAGCGUUGGAAACACACUGAUUUUAAAACAUGAAACUGCUUUAUUCAGUGUUUUACCGGGGUAAAUCAGCUGGUCUGUUUUGGAGAGGAAGACACCUCUGUGGAUACUUCAGCUCCCGGUAAAAACUUCAUGCACAUUUGGAUCUGAAGUUAUCAGAGAAAAAAGCUGAGCACACAUUGGCAAAUGUAAAGCUGACAGCCUGCUCCAGCGUGCCAAACAGCAUCAGAGAAACACUGAUUUGUAACAUGAAAUUACUUUAUUCAGUGUUUUGACGGGUCUAAAUCACCUGGUCUGAUUGUUUUAAAGAGGAAGAGACCUCUGCUGAUGAUUCGGCUCCCGGUAAAAACCUCCUGAACAUCUGGAUCCGAACUAAGUUAUCAGAGAAACGUGAGCACACAUAGCAGGCGCUGGAUGAGCAGCCUGUCUGCGACAUGCCAAACAGCAUAGAGGAAACACUGAUUUGUAACAUGAAACUUCUUUAUUCAGUGUCUUUACCCGUUUAAACCACCUGGUCUGUUUGUUUCAGAGAGGAAGAAAUGUCUGUGGAGAAUUCGGCUCCCUGUAAAAACCUCCUGAACACUGAAUGUUUUCUAACCAGGAGAAGUUUCAGCUGGUUGCUAUCUGCAAUCCUCACCACUAGACGUCACUAAAUCUCCUUAAAUCGUACACACUGCUCCUUUAAAGGAACAAACCUGGAGGAUUUUUGUUGAGCAAACGCCUUAAAGUAAAGCAAAUUUUUUUUUAGCACCGUAGAUAAGCAAAUGUAUGAUAACCGCCAAUUUUCAUAUCAUGCCAUACCGUGAAACCAGCGUACCGCUGCACCCCUCGCCACGACAUCUAGAGAGCUGAGUACAACAAAGUGUCUUAACAUCAGUACGUAGACACACAUGGAACCAAACUGGCCACAACGUCUUGCCACGGCUGCAGAAACCAUCAGGGGAAACGCGGGUGUUUAAUUUGCCAAAGCCACAUGUGCCUUCACAGUUGAUGCACAUCUGUGUGUUUCUGUUGGAACCACUCAACGGUACGUUUCAUUUGAUUGUAAAAUGUGACGUGAGCAUGCAGUUAAUGUUCAUGAUGGAGAUGGACAUUAUACGGUCUUACGGCAGCAUUGGUUUACAAUACAACUGAUUCUUAUUUUGCUGUUUUGUUAAAGCUGCGAUGAAGGACCUGUGUAUGUGUCUGUAUGAUUUAAUCAAGUGGUUUUGAAGGACUGUUUUAUUUUAAGUUAUGUUUCACAACUGUGCAGUAUUAUGGUUUGUUUGUUUUGCUUCACCCAGCACUGCUUGGAACGGUCUCUUGUACGUGUGAUGUCUUAUUAUCAUGUGCUGGUCAAAGAAACAUUCUCUUACAGACAAUCAUAUGGAAGUAAACAUAUUUACAUCAAUAAAUAAAAUGCUUUAAGAUG